AUGGCGAUUGUCCAAGACUUCCAGAGUCCACCCCCUUCAUCUUCAUCCCAUCAACACCAACUUGCGACUACCACGCUUCAGGUUGGUGGUAGCCUCCACACCACCAACCAGACUUCUGGCGGCCAAUGGCUGACAGCAGAAGUGCACCCUUUCAAGAAUGCUGGAUCACCACCAUCAUCCCGAAUUAAUUCAACGUGGGCUGUCUCGGACGCCACGAUCAUCGCAAGCCAUUUCCCGUGGAUGGGGCUGGCAUUGUCCUUGGGGCACUCGAUGUACACGACGGAUGCCCCUUUGCCAGAAUCCUGCCAAUAUGAGGAAGACAUUGGACCGUAUCGCGCGCAGACACCAAGUGUCUUGCCGCGAGACUGCAAACCUGACGGAUGGAAAAGUGCUCGAAACUAUGAAUGCAUUCAGAGUGUGUCCCAACGGCGGUUUACGGGCUGCGAGGUCGUGCUCAAUCGCGCGACUCCUCGGACGUAUGCGCCCUCAACCCCCCCGCCUAAGCCAAAAGUCUCGGAGGCAGCUCCGGUAUCCGGCUAUGCCUCGCUGCAUAGGGCCGGACAAUCACACCACCAUGACCGCCUCGCAAGCCCUCCCUUCCCCCAAAUUGCUGUACUGCGUGACUGCGUAGAAGAGCUUGACAAGGACUGGGUGGCGCAUCCUUCUUCCUCUUCUCUCCCCGCCUCGCGCCUCGGUGCUCUUUGUCAAUGCCCUUUGCCCCUUUACACCGAAGCUCGGCAUAUUCCCACCACCCAGCUUCUCAUCGUGGGUAUGGUAUUGAAGCGCAAUGCCCUCUGCCUUUCCGUACAGUCGUCAGUGUACAAACCGGAAGUAGAUGACAUUCGGCCCCACAAGGCUCUGGAGAAAAAACCCCCAGUCUCCGCCGACACUGUGACACCGGUCAGAGGUGGUUCGUGCCUGUCACUCAGCGGGGCUCAUGAUUGUCCACAUGCCCACCGACCGUACCUGGCCACCGGGUCGCCCAAGAUCGUCACUCACUUCAAGGUAUCCCUAAUCAACCAAUCGAAAUCAAAGUUCGAUCCCAGUAAAGGCCAUAGCCUGGACUGGACAAUCCUUCCCGGUUUCCUAACCCUAAUUGUGUCCCGACCAAACCCAUGGAUGUGUGAUGAUGAGGUCCCUUCCGUCUUGAUGCCGAACGAUAACCCCGAUGAUGCUUAUCCGUAA